UUACACAGAUCUGAAGCUUCAGCACACAUUAAACGCCCACCCUGCUAACUGUAUCUGUAUCGAGUUUGAUCCCAAGGGAAAAUACUUUGCCACAGGAAGUGCCGACGCCCUGGUCAGUAUCUGGGAUGUAGCAGAGUUAGCGUGUGUCAGGACUCUCUCUAGGUUAGAAUGGCCAGUGAGAACAUUGAGCUUUAGUCAUGAUGGUAAAAUGUUAGCCUCAGCAUCAGAAGAUCUCAUCAUAGACAUUGCAGAAGUCGACUCAGGGGAGAAAAUCACAGAGAUUACAUGUGAAGCUCCUACGUUUACUGUUGCCUGGCACCCAAAGCGCCCUCUUCUGGCCUAUGCCUGUGAUGAUAGAGACACGUAUGACAGAAAUCGAGACGCUGGUACUGUAAAAGUGUUUGGAUUUCCCAGUGACAACUCUUGAGAGUUUUAUAAAUAGAACUUGGGAGAGACCUGCCUUGGCUAUUUUCCUUGAUAAACAUUGGACAGAGGAAUGAUCAGUGGAUUUUAUAGAAAUAAGAGAGGCAAAUGAAAUCA